GGCUAUAUAUGCGUGCGCACUCAUUGGCUGUGCCCGGGUGACGACGUGUGCCUUAUUGCCUAGCUUGUUCCGUCCAAGCUAGACGAAGAGCACUCGCUCCUCCCUCCUCGAUCAGCUGAUCAUCCUAGCUCAGCGCUCCGAUCCCUUCCGCCGGCUGCCGCCGGUGGCGGCGGGAAGGCAGGUGCUGGACGAUCGAGGAUGAGAGGAGAUAGGAGCAAGGCGACACGACCGAUGGUGGCGCCGCCGGCGAUUAGCGAGAGGGACAUGGUGGAGGAUUCUAGACUGGUGAAGCAGGUGAGGGAGCUACGGAGGCUGGUGCCAGUCUGCCGCGAGCCGUGCGGGCUCGGCGAGCUGUUCCAGGACACGGCGACCUAUAUCGAGGACUUGCAGGUGCAGGUCAAGGUGAUGCGGAUGCUGCUCGACAAGCUCUCCGAUGAGUGACGAAUUCUCGCACUCGUGCGCUUAUACAAGAAGAAAAGAAGCUCUGCGACGAUUAUGUGUCCAUGAUUUAGGAUUUGUCCAUCGACAGGAACAUACUAUAUAUAGUAUAUAUAAUACAAUUUAUUCAAGAUUUAAAUUAUUUUCAUUCAAGAUUUAUUUGAUAUGUUAUUUGAUUUAAAUUUAUUCGUACUUGUAUUCCUACAUGAAAUUCUUGCUUUAUAUUAUACUACAAUACAUAUAUUAUAUACAUAUAUUUUUUUAUACUACCCAGUUAAGG